GCUGCCGAGAAAGGUAACGAAGAUGCAAAAAAAAAAAGAUUGGGUAAGGGAAUAACUAAUAAAGAGUUUGAAGAAAUUAUUGAACUAAAAAAACAAUCUAAAGAUUAUAUGCAAUACCUAGUAUUGAAUAGUGCAAUGACAUUUAAUUUAGAGGAUCCUGAUUGGCAACUAACCAAAGCAGGGCGACUUUACAAUUAUAAAUUUGGAUAUGGAAAGUUGGAUGCAUAUACUUUGAUCCAGAAUGCAAAAACAUAUAAACUAUUGAAUCCACAGGUUAACAUUGAGAUGCCAAUAAUUAACGUUACUAAACCUAUACCAAUGAAUCAAGAAGGAAUUAUUAUGUGGAGUUUGUUUGGUUACUUAAAACAUCGAGAACACAGUGAAGACUUCUCAGCAGAUAAAGGAAUUGAACAUAGAAAUUAUCAAAAGGAUCUUGAAUAUAUCCUUUUGAAUAAAAAGUCUGAAGAUUAUCGUGAACAAGCAGCAAAGUGCCUAAAUAUUUUUCAGAAUAAAAAACCUUCCGAAAGGGUAGAUGCUUUCUGGGCAGAAAUUAAACAUAAAGAAAGAAUGUCAAAAUACUCUAGUUGUGUUUUGAAUGUUGCGAUUUCUGACAGAGAGCAAGGACAAGAAGUUAUAUCAACUGAAUUUACUGAGAUUAUAAAGCGAAGAUAUGACAGUAAAGAUAAAAUUGGGAACAAAAAACGAAAGCCUAAUAAUGAUUUGAUAAACUCUGUUGUAACUGAUGUUGUACCAAAUGAUGAAAAUGAUGAUAUCACAAUAAACAACAAUAUUUCUGAUGAAAUAGUAGAUUUAACAAAGAUAAUGGAAAAUGAUAAUGUUUUCGAAUUUGAUUUAGGCGAAUUUAAUUCAAUUUUUAAUCAAUCAGAUGUACAAAAUGCUCGUAAAGAAUGGUUUAGACUAAUUCACAAAGUGGCUUUGAUGUCUCCUGAUGAUAAGUUUGAAACAGGAUGUCAACGUAUGCAAGAUCAUGGAUUACCAGAAUCUAUGUACAAUGGUACAUUUAUUGAUCCGGUAAUCGGAGGUGCAAUUCAAAGAAACCAUCUCUUAAAUUACAAAUGGGGUGAAAUAGAAAUUCGAAGUUCAUCUGAACGAAAAAAUGAAGGAAAGGAUUUAUUGACAACAGUUAAAGAGACUGGUCAUAAAGCAGAUGGUGUAGUAUAUACAAAUAAUAAUGAUUCUUAUGAGAUUGGAAUUCUAGAAGUUUCUUAUGCUCCUCUUAAGAAAGACCCAACAAAGGAUGCUAGUGACUUUUUCAAAUUAAAACGCAUGUUAAAAGAUUGUAUUAACUUUAUAAUAAAGAAUGAGGUAUAUUCAGGACGAGGAAACAUUGAAAAUAAUCUAAAAAUGAUUGGUAUGCAAUCUAGUGGUAAACCAUAUGGCCAAUUUGAUAUUCCAGCAAAUUUUAAUGAUUUUUAUUGUUUACAAAAUGCAAUGGCAGUGUGUUGGAAUAUGCAAGAUGUGCUUAUCAAUAAUGUGGAACUUCUUAAGAAAAAUAAGCAGUCUCAGAAAGUUAACACAGAGCCAAAAAAAUCAAGUUUAAUUGAUUCAAUUACUCCAACAAGUAGAUCUCCAACAAGAAAACCAAAGACAAGAAAAAGUAAUCAACUUAAAACAGACUCAACAAAAUCAAGGUUAGUUGACUCGGUGAGACAACCAAAGGCAAAACCCAAGACAAAGAAAUCAACUUUAUAA